UAUAAAUACCCCAGUAUUCUUCGUUCACCGAGAGCUAGGGUUUUAGCACUCCUUCUGCGCAGUCGUCUCUGGUAGCUCACACAUCGCAGAAAUGGUGAAGGGACGUCAAGGAGAGCGAGUCAGACUCUACGUCAGGGGAACUGUCCUCGGCUUCAAGAGGUCCAAGUCGAACCAGUACCCAAACACCUCACUGAUUCAGAUCGAGGGAGUGAACACCAAGGAGGAAGUUGGGUGGUACGCCGGAAAGCGAUUGGCUUAUAUCUACAAGGCUAAGGUGAAGCAGAACGGGAGCCACUACCGCUGCAUUUGGGGAAAGGUUGCGAGGCCUCACGGUAACACCGGUGUUGUUCGGGCUAAGUUCACCUCCAAUUUGCCCCCCAAGUCCAUGGGUGCUCGAGUGAGGGUAUUCAUGUAUCCCAGCAAUAUAUAAGUUUCUCAGUACUUCCUAGACUAUAGAGAUGGAGCAUCAAGUAUUUUGAAAUUUACAUGGUUGUUAUGAGCUAAGAUAGAUGUAUUGUUUCUUAGAAGGCUCUGCCAGUUUUGUCUGUUUGAUGGGAGAAUAUUGUAUUAGACUCCUCACAAAGAUUAAAUUUUUGUUAUCCGACCUUUGCAACUUAAUGAUUUGAAUAUUCAUUGCAACCUGCUCCAUUGGCAUUA